UAAUCCCAUAUUUUCACUCGAACAAAUUUAGGGGAACCAUCUUAGCAGCUAAACAUUGGUUCAAUAAAUAAAAACCUCAUGGUUGGUGACAAAAUUAUGCACUUAAUCUAGAUUUCAUCUUGGUUCGUUCGUACUGGUGAUUGGUGUUCGAUGGCACGCGAAGUGGUUCAAUCUGAAUCAGAUUCGGAAUGAGGUCUGGUCCAUUUUCAGCUAGCCUGUGUUGUGCAACUGCAGAACCUCGCUCGUAACCGUCUCUCUCUCAUAAACCCUCAACCGAUUCUUGAAUCUUGAUCCUCUCAGCAAGCUCAACACACGGAUCGGCGAAUCAUCAUACUCAGCUAAUCCAAGCCCUAAUUCACCAUUUCCUAGCUAUGUGGACCAACGUUUUCAAACUCGGUGGUCUGCAUCAGAUAUCAUGGUUUCAGUUUCUUCCGCAUGAACCUGAUCUGAACCCUCUACCUGAUAAAAGUUCAAAAGUUGAUCAGAAGGAUGCUGCAAUGUUACUGGUACUUCAAUCACACCUGCAGUUGCAAAAGGAAGGAUUUCUUAGCACAUGGACCAAUUCCUUUGUUGGACCCUGGGAUCCAUCUCAGGGUUUGCAUAAUCCUGAUGAAAAGAUCAAGCUGUGGCUUUUUCUUCCGGGUCGUCAUUCAUCAGUUGUUGAGACUGCUCAGCCAGCAGUAUCUGGAUUAAGAGUUGUUGCGUCUGGGCUUUGGCUGGCUCCUGGGGAUUCAGAAGAGGCUGCAGCUGCUCUCUCUCAGGCUUUAAGGAAUCGUAUAGAAAGAGCACUACUGGGGCUUUAUUACAUGAGAUUUGGGGAUGUAUUUUCAAAGUUUCAUCAAUUUCAAAGUGAAGAAUUGUUCAGGAGAGGACAACCCUCAGUUGAAUUUGUAUUUGCUGCAACAGAGGAGGCAAUCUUUGUACAUGUCAUAGUGUCUUCAAAGCAUGUCCGGACACUUUCCACAGGUGAUCUAGAAAGGCUGUUAAAACAUUCCACAGAGACAAGAUACAGACUUCCAGUGAUUGUUUCUCCUCAUGGAAUACGUGGCAGCCUGACUGGUUGUUCUCCAAGUGAUCUUGUCAAGCAAAGCUAUCUCAGCAGUUCUGCCAAAUUUAGGGUUUCAAAUGGAAUUAUAGGUCUCCCAUAUCAUGUUUCCCAGGGUGUUGGUUGCCAGCUGAGGGGGCAGAAUUGUUUUGUUGAAGUAAGUCUUGGCUUCCCUAGACCUGGAACUGACAAGGCAUUGCAGCUAAACAAAAAUGGUGUCAGAAAUUUACCCAAGCUUCACGCUGCUGAAUCUCCUGUUUUGGGACGAAGUGAUCACAAGGGAUCACCAGACCAUUUGUCAGAUUAUGAGAAAACAUUUCUCUAUCCAGCUGAGGCAGUGCUUGUACCAGUUUUACAGACGUCAUUAGCAAGAUCUUCCUUGAGAAGAUUUUGGCUGCAGAAUUGGAUGGGUCCAUCCCUGCCUGGAUCCUGUUCGUUUGUUCACUGUGCUGGUAAUGUGGAUUCUACUGAAGAUCCUUGGAGUGAAAUCAAUGGAACCCGCACGCAAAAUAGUUAUGAUAGCAGCAGCAAUAGCAAUAGUAGCAGUAUUAGUAGCUUAAGUGACAGCUCUAGUGAUAGUGAUUUCAAGACUACAGGACCAAGUGAGCUAGAGGCAGAUGCUGAUUCUUUGACAUGUCGACAGUCUACGAUAUCUUCUGCUGAUCAGUUGGAAAAUGAUGGCCCCAAAUUGGGUUCUAAGAGGUCUCGAAUGGCUAUGACAGAGUCAUUAAGUACAGCUACAAAUGUUCCUGUGCAAGAUGCAUACAUGUCUGAUUUUGGUUCAAUGGAAGUUAACAAUUCAGCCAUUACAAGAGUAGGGAAUGAAUCAGUUGGGUCUUACUGGGACUGGGAUGAUGAAGAUAGAGGCAUGGAAAUGGACAUUCAAGCUCUUCUAUCUGAGUUCGGUGAUUUUGGAGACUUCUUUGAAAAUGAUGUUUUGCCUUUUGGAGAGCCCCCGGGAACUGCAGAGUCUCAGACACUUAUGUUUUCUGCUCCGGAUUGUGGAGAUGUCAACAGCAGUCCAGUUGGUGCGAUGAUGGAUGUUUCAGAUCAAAUGCUUUUGCCUGUUGGGUUUUCUUCCUUUGAGUGUUUUAACCCACCACCUCCAUCAGUCAUGGAAGAAUGUCUUGACAAAAGUCAAGAUAACUUGAAUAAUUCCAUGUCAUCUGGGCCAACUAAUCAAACUCAAAUGUUGUAUACAAAGGAGUUUGAUCAUAUAAUGAAAGCUGAAGCAAUGAUGACAUUUGCUCCUGAAUUUGGUGCUGUUGAGACCCCUACUAGUGAGUUGUCCACAACAUUAUUCAGAAGCCCAUAUUUUCCAAAGUCCCGAAAAGCGGACAGUUCAUAUUCAAGUUCAAACAAUUACUUGUAUGGUGCAGCACCACCCUCUUCUCCCUAUGUUGAAGGAUCAGAGAGUAAGAAUGGAGUGGUAUUCAACACAAAAACAGGUUCUGGAAAACAUGAUGCAAGUAUGAGUCUCCACUCAAAAAAUUAUUAUACUUUUGUUCAGAGCAGGAAAGACUUAAAUGAUAAAAAACCAGUUACAUGCAAUGAUAAUAGCAUUGCUAAAUCUGAGGGGAUAGGACCACCUCAGUUCUCAAACAUUGGUUCUAAUGCUGUUGUCAAGUCUGUUUUGAGGAAGAUGACUGAAGGCACAAAUGAAACAGAGCAUUCCCUUCUAUCGGCGAAAACUUUGUUGGCAACUGAUAUCUCGUGUGCAAUGUUGCAAGCAUCAAUGUGCAGGUCACGACACGUUCUUUUAUCUUCCAGUAACCUCAUUCCUGUUGGUUUGAAUAGGUCAUCUGGGGUUUCAUUUGUGAAUCACCUUCCUAUUGACCCAAGUACCAACACGGAUAAUAUAUCUGGGAAGUAUGAAGUGAAGAAGAAAGAAAACAUACCGGUUAGAAUUGCAGGUGAUAUUGAUGGAGGAAUACUGGAUGGGCAUCUCAAUGCACCUGUUGGUGUUUGGCGUACUGUAGGUGCUUCUAAAGUUGUAAAACCUUCAAAUUCGCCAAACAUGGAAAUUGGUCCUUCCUUUUCUCAUAAUUCAUUCAAUGAAGAAGGUAUCCUAUCUUAUGGUCAAAGAAAACCACUUCAGGAGCUUCUGGAUGGGAUUGCAUUCCUUGUCCAGCAAGCUAUUUCCUUUGUAGAUCUGGCCUUGGAUGCAGAUUGUGGUGAUGGUCCUUAUGGUUUGCUUGCAUUGCAAGAACAGUGGAGGCGUGGGUUUUGCUGUGGGCCUUCCAUGGUCCAUGCUGGUUGUGGAGGAACUCUUUCCUCCUCUCAUUCUCUGGACAUUGCUGGCUUGGAGUUAGUGGAUCCACUUUCUUCUGACGUUCAUGCAUCUACCCUGAUCAACUUGUUACAGUCUGACAUAAAAAUGGCUUUAAAAUCUGCAUUUUCCAAUUUGGAAGGGCCAUUAUCUGUGACAGAUUGGUGCCAAGGACGCAAUCAAUCGGUUGAUAUCGGAAGCAUUGCUGAUUGUAUUUCUGCUGAAUCCAGCAUUAGUGAAUGUCGGGAUUCUUCAGAUCCAAUGAGCCCAUCCCAGUCAUCAUCCGGUAUUAAAGUUUCCAGCAUGAUGGAUAAUUCUAAGGUGGAUGAGAAUUCCCAAAGGAGAUGUGGCCAAGAUAUGUGCAAUUCAGAGUCAGAGCAGCAGCCCUGUUCCCGGCUAAAACCUACUCUCGUUGCUCUUCCGUUUCCUUCUAUACUUGUGGGGUAUCAGGAUGAUUGGCUCAAGACAUCAGCAAACUGUCUGCAGCACUGGGAAAAGGCUCCUCUAGAACCUUAUGCUCUGCAGAAACCUAUUACAUAUCAUGUCAUAUGUCCUGACAUCGAUCCCCUUACUUCUGCUGCUGCUGAUUUUUUCCAACAACUAGGAACAGUGUAUGAGACAUGCAAGCUAGGUACUCAUUCACCUCAAGGUUUGGGGAAUCAGAUGGAGAUAGAGUCUGCGAAGUCUUCAUCUUGUGGUUUUGUUUUACUUGAUUGCCCUCAAUCAAUGAAGAUUGAGAGCAGCAAUGCAUCUCUUGUUGGUUCAGUGAGUGAUUAUUUUUUAUCUUUAUCAAAUGGCUGGGACCUGACUAGUUAUCUCAAGUCUCUUUCAAAGGCUCUUAGAGCUUUGAAUCUCAGUUCCUCCUUUUCCACAAAUCCCAGUGAAGGAAGUAACUGUUCAUGUUUGGUAAUCUAUGUGGUGUGCCCGUUUCCUGAUCCUACUGCGAUUUUGCAAACUGUCAUUGAAUCUUCUGUUUCCAUUGGAUCAGUUAUCCAACAGUCAGAUAGAGAGAGGAGAUCUAGCUUGCAUAGUCAGGUUGUGAAGGCAUUAAGUGGCCUGGCUACUGUUGAUGAAGCUUCAGCAUCUAAUAUCCUUGUGCUUUCUGGGUUUAGUAUUCCGAAAUUGGUCUUGCAGAUAGUUACAGUUGAUGCCAUUUUCAGAGUCACAAGUCCAUCAGUGAGUGAGCUUGUCAUUUUAAAAGAGACUGCCUUUACUGUAUACAACAAGGCUCGUCGCAUUUCACGUGGAAUCUCUAACGAUUUCUCUCAAUUGGCAUUUUCAAGUAGAUCUCAGUCUGUUUUAACACAAAUGCCUUCUCCCAUCUCAGGGAUGUGGAAAGACUGUGUUGGUCCUCGAAUGGGACAUUCUCUUCCAAGAGAGGGUGACAUUGAUGCUAGCUUGAGGCCUAGUAAUUGGGAUAAUUCUUGGCAACCAACACGGACUGGGGUUUUGAGCUGUGAUCCAAGUAGAUCUGGGGAUAUUCUUCUUCAUGAUGAAAUUCGUUACAUGUUUGAACCCCUUUUCAUUCUAGCAGAACCAGGUUCUCCAGAACAUGGUAUUUCAGUUAUUGGUAGCCCCACUUCAGAAUCUUCCAAGGCAUUGACGGAUGAUAGUAGUGCUAACUAUGUGCAGAGUACAAGUACAGCAGGAAGUGGGGAUUCUGCUUCAAGCAUCGAUGGAUCUGGGUCAGAUCAAAAGACUCAUCCAAGCUUGCAUUGCUGCUAUGGAUGGACAGAAGACUGGCGUUGGCUUGUUUGCAUCUGGACAGACUCAAGAGGAGAAUUGCUUGACUGCAAUAUUUUCCCUUUUGGUGGAAUAAGCAGUAGGCAGGAUACGAAGGGGUUGCAGUGCCUAUUUGUUCAAGUUCUUCAGCAAGGCUGUUUGAUACUUCAAUCUUGUGACUCUGGCCUUGCAAAGCCUCGAGAUUUUGUGAUAGCCCGCAUUGGAGGUUUCUAUGAGCUUGAGUACCUUGAAUGGCAGAAAGCCCUUUAUUCAGUUGGUGGAUCUGAGAUGAAGAGAUGGCCCCUGCAACUGCGGAAAUCUCUGUCUGAUGGGGUGUCCGCAACUAGUAAUGGUUCUUCUUUGCAACAGUCAGAUAUGAGUUUGAUCCCUGAAAGAACUCUUCCUUCUUCACCUAGUCCUUUGUACAGCCCUCAUGCUAAGCCAACUGCUUAUAUGAAAGCAAAUUUAGGGCAACCUGCUGCAAGGAAGCAGCUUAUGGGCGGACAUUCGAUGGUUGACAAUUCAAGGGGUUUGCUUCAUUGGGCACAAAGCAUUAGUUUUGUUGCAGUUUCUAUGGACCAUACGUUAAAGCUAGUUCUUCCAUCUGAUUCAUCUUCUCCUGGUUACGUGGAAGGUUUCACACCAGUGAAGUCUCUUGGUUCUACGUCUUCUGCAUAUAUUUUAAUUCCUUCUCCCAGUAUGCGGUUCCUUCCUCCAACAGCUCUACAGCUCCCGACAUGCCUCACUGCUGAGUCUCCACCUCUAGCUCAUCUCCUUCAUAGCAAGGGUUCUGCUCUUCCACUUUCCACAGGAUUCGUGGUUUCAAAAGCGGUACCCUCCAUGAGAAAGGACCAUAGAAGCAACCUGAAAGAAGAAUGGCCUUCAGUACUUUCCGUGAACCUCAUCGAUUAUUAUGGAGGUUCUAACAUCCAGCAAGAGAAGUUCAUCCGAGGAAUUAACAAACAAGGUGGUAGAGGUUUAAGCUGGGAUGCCAAAGAUUUUGAAGUUCAGACCCACUUGGUUCUGGAGUCCCUUGCAGCAGAGCUUCACGCCUUGUCAUGGAUGACGGUCAGCCCCGCGUACUUAGAGCGACGGACGGCACUUCCAUUCCACUGUGACAUGGUUAUUAGACUAAGAAGACUUCUUCAUUUUGCUGAUAAAGAGCUCUUUAAGCAGUCAGAGAAAUCUUGACUGCAGUUUACAUACAAUGAUAGCAAUUAAAAUAUUUGCUCAUUUGUUUUAAGGGGAAAGACAGCCAAACUUAGCUGAGGAGACUGUAUCAUACAAGAAGCACUGUGACUGUAUGUAAAUUAUAUGUAAAGCCUGCUGAUGGUUCCAGGAAGAAAUAGAUUUAGGUAUAGUUGAGAAUGUACAUGAGCUUUUUAGAUCAGCUGAUUUUAGCCCAGGUUAGCAUGAUUUAUAGAAGUUGUCAUUGAAGCACAGAAUACCAUAUUCUCUCUCUCUCUGACAUAGUAUUGAGGCCUCAGGACUUUCUUUCCCAUUGUAAUUAUAUUUUGUAAGAUGAUAAUGUGCCAAUAACUAUUUUUAUGUUUAAGCUUAA